AUGUAUUCCUCCAGCAACUUGUACUCCUCUGCACAUCAAUCGCUUACCCCAAAAAUCAUACACUCACCCGAAACCGAGUCUAUAUCAGACACUGAAGAACUGAAGGAGAUGGAGCAAUAUGUUAAUUAUGGCGAAGAUUCCGGUGUUGACAUUGCAAGCCAUACAACCAACACCGAGAACACAACACCCGUUGGAGCGCCACUCCCGCAGUAUGCAUGGCAAAGAUAUCCUGUAAUAAAUUUUGCUCCGUUGUAUGUCUACGGGGCUCACCCAUACUUUUAUACGACGAUGGCGCGGCCUCUUCCUCCUGCCCUCCCUAGCCUAUAUUCCUGGGCACCUCAGAUCGAUCUGGGCACCGCCUCUACAACCAAUGACACCGCAUCAUCCUCAUCGGAGUCCAACAGUUUAGUAGAAAGUAAUGAAUUGUCAAAGGCUUCGUCACGGAAGCGAGGGACAUCCGCGCGCGUUCAUAAAGCCUGUAAACCCAGUGCUAAACGUGUGGUGGUGAGCCCUGGGAGAAGGGUUGCGCGCUCUCAGCGCACUAGUGGGGAGCUAACACCCGCCGAAGUCAAAUCUCUGGCAUCCGCAGAGGUUACAGAGAGGGUUGUUCGUUCAAUUCUCGGAAUUGCGGACGACGUUGAACUUAAAGAUGCAUGGCCUCAAGGCCCGGACCCUUGGAGUGAUUAUUCAAGACCGGAGGUCAUUAUGUUGGCCAUAUGUUGCACUAAAGGGCACAGAGCAACAUUAAGCCAAAUAGAAUCAUUGGUAAUGAAGAAGUACCCAACGUUGAAAACAACCAACUCAGGUAAAGGAUGGCGAGGUACAAUCCGACACAAUCUUAGCGCACAUCCGCAAUUCAGGCGAUUGCGCCGUGAACAAGGACGCGGGGGGCCGUGGACAUUGGAUGUCACAAAGAUCAAAUAG